CUCGCACUGAGGUCCCCUUAUUUGGAUCUGCGGGAAUGUGGGCUGGAGCGGUCCUGCCGCGGUACCAGCCUCCAGCCCGUCGCCAAGACUGCCCCUGACUCAGGCGCGCCCACUGCUCGGUGGCAGGAGGGUCGGCAGAGCGUCAUGGCCUGCAUCCUGAAGAGAAAGUCUGUGAUUGCAGUGAGCUUCAUAGCAGCGUUUCUCUUCCUGCUGAUUGUGCGCCUUGUAAAUGAAGUGAAUUUCCCAUUGCUGCUAAACUGCUUUGGACAACCUGGUACAAAAUGGAUACCAUUCUCCUACACAUACAGGCGGCCCCUUCGAACGCACUAUGGAUACAUAAAUGUGAGGACGCAAGAGCCUUUGCAGCUGGACUGUGAUCUUUGUGCCAUCGUGUCCAACUCAGGUCAGAUGGUUGGCCAGAAGGUGGGGAAUGAGAUAGAUCAGGCCUCCUGCAUUUGGAGAAUGAACAACGCCCCCACCAAGGGUUACGAAGAAGACGUUGGCCGCAUGACAAUGAUUCGAGUUGUAUCCCAUACCAGCGUUCCUCUUUUGCUAAAAAGCCCUGAUUAUUUUUUCAAAGAGGCAAACACCACUAUUUAUGUGAUUUGGGGCCCUUUCCGCAAUAUGAGGAAAGAUGGCAAUGGCAUCGUUUACAACAUGUUGAAAAAGACUGUUGAUAUCUAUCCAAGUGCCCAAAUUUAUGUCACCACAGAGAAGCGCAUGAGUUACUGUGAUGGAGUUUUUAAGAAGGAAACUGGGAAAGACAGAGUCCAGUCUGGCUCUUAUCUCAGCACUGGGUGGUUUACCUUCAUUCUGGCUAUGGAUGCCUGUUACGGCAUUCACGUCUACGGGAUGAUAAAUGACACCUACUGCAAGACAGAAGGGUAUAGAAAAGUCCCCUACCAUUACUAUGAACAAGGAAGAGAUGAGUGUGAUGAAUAUUUUCUUCAUGAACAUGCCCCAUACGGAGGCCAUAGGUUUAUCACUGAAAAGAAAGUGUUUGCUAAAUGGGCCAAGAAACACAGGAUAAUAUUUACACAUCCGAACUGGACAGUGUCUUGAUAUUGGUCUCUCUUAUCUUGCCACACCACUUGACAUGAUGAUGUACUGCAACUGUGAUGCUAAAGACGCUGUGAUGAUGCUAUUGAUGACAACAACAACGAUGAUCAAGACUCUAUACAUUCUCAGAUAUGGAUGAUGACUCUGCCAGUAACUUGAACUUGGGAUUCCGUGCAGGGUGGUUGUGCUCAUUACAUUACUUCUUAAGGUUCAACAUUACCUAUUGCACUUUAUAAUUUAACUGGAAUUGCAAAGAAGGCCAGUAACAUGAUAGCAGUGACCUAAGAAAUGAAAAGAUUUACCUUCAAAUAGUUUCCCAGAAUUCUUGAACAGUGAGUGGCUUCCAAAAGCUGUGGGAUUUGUCCUCAUGAGGCAAGGUUAUUGACUCCGUGUUCUCUUGAACCUGAGCAGCUGCACCAUCUUAAAGAAUGUUUGAUUGUCAGACACUGGUACAAGGAUUUUGUACUCUUGGUACAAGUAUUUUCCCACAGUUACUAGUUAGACUAAGGGCAGGAAAGAAAUCUUUUCCUGAUUAACCAUCGUCCUACAGCACCUCUUACCCAUAGGACUACUUGACUGUCUCAAACACUUAAUUCAAAAUGGGCCAAGUAGCACAUCUGGAUGAAUUUCCAUUCUUACCACUCCAUUCUUACCACCCCAAACAAUAUCUAUAUUAAUGUUUAGUUAUUUUUGGUUAAUUCCAAAAUAUUUCAGAUGGCUAUUUAACAUGUAAGAUUUCAGCACUGUAAUAACAUAUACUGUGAAAACAUGUCUUUACAAAAACCAAAAGGGUAUACUAACUUUGCUUCAACAUUCAAAAACACAAAAAUAUAUGCUUUUAAAAUUCAUGAAGCAGGGAAAGCAAAGCAUAUUUUUACAUCAAUUUGUACCCUACCAUACUUCAUAAUAUAUAUUUGUAUACUCAAAUUUCUAUUUUAUAGAUCCAAGGUGUGUCUCUCCAUAGGUUACAUUAUCAUUGCCAAGUGCCAACUGCUAGACAUGGAGAGGAAAUGAUUCCUUGAAUUAAAUCUGGCCAGAACUUUUGCCUUCUUGGGGUUUAUUUUCCCCAGAGUGGAACAGUUGUUAUACCAUAAUGACAACAGUAAUAAUGACCUUAAUGUCCAAAGUCCUCUGUCAUUUGGAGUCCUUUCACAUAUACUGCCCCAUGUGAUGCCCAUGACCACCCAUUGUCCAUCGCCUACGCAUUCUGACAUCUCUUUAGCAGUUGAUUGUUCUGCUAUAUUGCUUCCCCAUGCUAAUAUUUGUAUAGGAUAGCAUUUAUGUAGACUAGUCAACAGUUGAUUUCAGUGCCAAAUACAAUAUAUUAUAUCAGAAUUAGUCAAAAAAUAUCGUAAGAAUGGUCUCAGACAUAGACUGGAAACAUAGGUACUUUUGAUUUUUUUAAUGACUGUUUAGGUGGGGAAAAGAUAAGGAAGCAGGGACAAUAGGAGGGAAUGAAAGCAGAGAAAUAGAGUUUCUUGUCCCAGGUUUGUGAUGACUGUUUAUGAUAUACUUACUGCUCAUUAAGUAUUAGCAGGUUGAUUUGCUGAGAGGCUGAAAACAUUCUUGCAAAUGAUUCAAAAGAUAAAAGCCAGGCGUAACUUACAGAAUGUUUUGGAAGCCCAAGUAAUGAUGCAUUUCACCUCAGGAACACUUUGCAGAUCUUUACCAGGCUAAGUCCCAUGUUUAGUUUUCAUUAUUUUGGGUCAUCUUGGGCCAAAGCCUCUUUCCUGCUCUCUUUUGUCAACUUGAUACCCCAGCACUGCUAUCCAUAACAAUGACCAAGUGCCACUUCCAUUGUUGAAACUGUUAUUGUUGUUAUUCUUUUGUUGUUUCUGUACGUGAUUUUUAGUUCCAUGUAUGUUAGUUGUUUUAUGCUAAUGAUGGAUAGAAAUGCUCACUCCAAGAAAAAUAAACAGAACCAAAUGUUUAAAUUGUAAUAUGGCUGUUUUUCCCCCAUUGUGAUACAGAAGUUCCAUCCUAUAUAAUAAAAGCUGAGUAUGCUAA